UAUCCUCCUCCUCUGCUCAGAGUCCCAGUCCCGUCAGUCUGGUGUCUGUCUGGACGCAUGUUCGUACUCGGACUCAGGACACCAUGACCCAUUCAUCUUUUUAAGGACUUUUAAUGGCGUCGAGCUCCAAAAUGCUUCUGUUAGUCCUGGUGUUCUGCUUCGGUCCCAGUGUUUUGGGCCAGCUGGAGGGAGAUGAGGAUUUUGAUUGGGCAGACUUUGCUUUAGACCUCGCGCCACGCAGGGUCCCCCGGCAGGUGAAAACGAUCCUUGUCAAGGAGACCAAACCUCACAUCGAAGAGCUCUCCAUCAGGACCACCAUCCUGUCCCGCUACGCGUUCACGGCGGUGUACUGCGCCAUGCUGAACCGGCACUCCGCUGCUGCUGAGGGACUCUUUCAGUUCCAGAUCCCCGCUGGAGCGUACGUCUCCAACUUCACCAUGAUCAUUGGAGGGCGCGUCUACCAGAGCGAAGUCAGACUGAAGGAAAAGAGGGCCAAGCAGGGGAAUGGCAAACCCAAGAACAAAGAGUCAAGUGACACAAGUCCAGAACCCGAAGGAGAGCUGUUUAAAAUGACGGCUAACAUUCCCGGUCGGAAUCGGGCCUUUUUCCUGCUGAUGUACGAAGAGCUUCUGCAGCGACGGCUAGGACGCUACGAACACGUCACCAGCCUGAGACCAACGCAGCUGGUCAGUCGCCUCAGCCUGGACGUCACCAUCAUCGACCACUCACCUGUAACCGACCUGGAGGUUCUGCCGCUCCGCAACGGCAAGAUCAGUGGUUCUGGAAACUCUGGAGCCCGUCCUAACACACCCAAGACACCAGGUGGGAGAACUAAGUCUGAAGUUCCCGUCACCACGGUGAUCAAAAACGAAAAGACCGUCUGGAAAAUCACCUUCAGCCCCAACAUCGUCCAGCAAGCCAAGAUCUCGACCAGCGGCAUUCUGGGAGAUUUUGUGAUCCGCUACGAUGUCCAAAGAGACAUGGGGAUCGGAGACAUCCAGGUUUUAAACGGGCAUUUCGUCCACUUCUUUGCCCCCAAAGAUCUACCUGCCGUGCCUAAGAAUGUGGUGUUUGUGAUCGACUCCAGCGCCUCGAUGUUGGGGACAAAGAUGAGACAAACCAAAGAUGCCCUAUUUACCAUCCUGAAGGAUCUGCGACCAGGAGAUAACUUUAACUUCAUCAGCUUCGCCAAUAGGAUCAAAGUUUGGCAGCCCAAUCGGCUCGUGCCAGUCACACCGCUGAAUAUCAGAGAUGCCAAGAAGUUUAUUUUUACACUAAUGCCAAAUGGAGGCACCAACAUUGACGGGGCCAUCCAGAGCGGCUCUUCUCUGCUUCGUGAGUACCUGUCAGGCCCAGACAGCAGCCCCAACAGCGUCACUCUCAUCAUUUUCCUGACCGACGGACGGCCUACUAUCGGAGAACUCCAGUCCACCUCCAUCCUGGGGAACACUCGCUCAGCAGUGCAGGAGAAGUUCUGCAUCUUCACAAUCGGUAUGGGUAAUGAUGUGGAUUACCGGCUGCUGGAGAGAAUGGCUCUGGAAAACUGUGGGAUGAUGAGACGAAUUAGCGAAGAGGCGGAUGCCAGCGCUAUGCUUAAAGGGUUCUACGAUGAGAUCGGAACACCUCUUCUGUCCGACAUCAGGGUCAACUACACAGAGGACUCUGUCGAUUAUGUCACUCAAAACCUUUUCACCAACUACUUCAACGGCUCGGAGCUCGUCAUUGCGGGCAAGCUCACGAACCGCAGUGCAGAAUCACUUCAUGUCCAAGUUACGGCCAGCAACAACGACAGAAACAUCAUCCUUGAAACCGAUGUGCCUCUGCGGCGUCUGCAGAUAGAGACUGAGAAGCAUGUGAAAGCAGCUUCCGCCGCAAUGGCAGUUGGAGCCAAGGCCCUGGGGUCAGGGGUCAUGCAGGCAUUGGGAAAUCCUCUGAGUUCCAUUGCAGAAGACUUUGUUGAGCGAGUCUGGGGUUUCCUGAGUGUUAAGGAGGGGUUGCGAUCGCGUCUGCGCAGCCAGACCAGCAAGGAGAGGGAACAGCACACCCAGCUGGCCACCAACCUGUCUCUGCAUUACCACUUUCUCACUCCGCUCACCAACAUGGUGGUGGAAAAGCCAGAGGUUCUGCUUGACGGCCGCGUGGCACCAGCUCCCACCGUCACACCAGCAGCUGAUGAAGCUGCGCCACCUCUCAAUGAGCUGCCAGGGAACACAGAAAAGCCACAGGAGCUAGAAGGGAACGUGAGACGCCAGAGUUCAUCUCAAAGCAACAAAAUAGGUAAAGUUGAGAGGAAACCAGCCAAGAAAUCCUUCACUAUCUCCAAAACAUCAGCGGACGGUGACCCUCAUUUUGUGGUGGAGUUUCCCCUCAGUAAGCUAACGGUGUGUUUUAACAUCAACGGGGAACCUGGACAUGUUCUUCGCCUGGUGUCGGACCACAGAUACUCUGGUGUGACUGUCAACGGGAAGCUAAUAGGCGCCUCAGCUCCCCCAGGAAGCCACAAACAGCAGCGUACGUACUUCAGCACCAUCACCAUCGUGGCAGAUCAUCCAAAACGCUCCUACAUAGAGGUGACCCCUACAAAAGUCAUCCUGGACGGACGGGACCGCAUUGUCCUUCCCUGCCACUCCAGCGUGACGGUGGACAGCGGCAUGCUGUCUGUGGCCAUCGUACAGAAUUCUAAUGUGACUGUGACGGUGGGAGGCAACAUCAGCUUCAUCAUCCUGCUGCAUCAGUACAAAAACCCGGCGCCCUACCAGCGAAACCAUCUGGGGUUCUACAUCGGCAACAGCAAGGGCCUUUCACGCAACUGCCACGGCCUGUUAGGUCAGUUCCUGUCUGAGGAGGUGGGGCUGGCGGAGCUUCCUGCUGAGGCUGGCACGAAGCCCUCUCAGGUCCUGAAGGUGAAGAACCGUUCGGUGCCGGUGGUCCGUAAGAGCAGGAGGAUCUACAGUGGAACGCAGAACGUGGACUGCUGGUUCGCCCGGAACAACGCCGCCAAGCUGAUCGACGGGGAGUACGAGGACUAUGUCACGUCCCACAUGUUUGACACGGGAGACGGACCACAAGGGACAAACAGUGUGAGACACUCAUGAACCCAACCCUCCAGCUUAAAGCCAUUUAUGCCUUUAAAGAGACUCAGCCGAGUCCAGGUAUUAAGUUACCUUCUACCUACGGAUUGUUUUCAAAUAUAUUUUUGUACCAUUUCUAAUUAAUAUGUUAAAUAAAACAUUUAAACCCA